AUGAGGAUUAUGCCUGUGGGAGAUUCGCUCACGGAGGGUACGGGGAGCAGUGAUUACAAUGGCUAUCGUUUGUUUCUGUACAAUCUGCACCCAACACUCCGGCACUUCACAACCGACAACCAAUUUGGCCUCAGCGAAACCGAAGGUUACAGCGGCUACUCGCUCGACCACUUCCUCGCCCACAGCCGCGAAGGCCUCCAAACCACCCUCGCCCGCAACCCCAACGUCGUACUGCUGCACAUCGGCACAAACGACAUGAGUCCCCUCCGCCUCCCCACCGCCCCACCCCCAGCAACAGCCCCCGAACGCCUCAACGACCUCAUCGACAUCAUCUUCGCCGCACAGCCCAACGUCGUCCUCCUCGUUGCUCAGAUCGUGCACUCCCCCAACGCCGGGUGGACCGAGCACUCUCCAGCCUACAACGCAGCGAUACCGAGACUCGUGGCUAGGAAGCAGAGGCAGGGAUACGAGAUAUUGACUGUAGAUAUGAGAUCUGUGGGUGCGGACUGUGUGAGGAAUCUGGAUGGAACGAGUGUGGUCUGCGACGAUCUUAUUGAUGAUGGGGUGCAUCCGAAAGAUGAGGGGUACAGAAAGAUGGCGGCGUUGUGGUAUGACGCGUUGAGGAAUGCGACGAAUAGAGGAUACUUUGUGCCUUGA